AUGGCCGAUACUGAAGGCACAGACACAAGCACCCCCCGUGCGGAACUCCCUCGCCAAUUUACAUUCUUCUCGACUGCUGCUUUAGGCUUCAGUAUAACCAACUCAUGGCUAGGCUACUCAGGUGUCUUAUCGACUCCUUUGAUUAUGGGAGGGAGUCCGACGGCAUUCUUCGGUCUCAUUAUUGCAUCGAUCGCUAGUUGUAUCAUCACUGCUGGAUUUGCCGAACUAUCAUCUGCAUUCCCAUCCAGCGGGGGCCCCUAUCAUUUUGCUUUCAUGGUCUCGUGGCCCAAGCAUCGUGCCUUAGUUACCUUUGUUGUUGGCUGGUUAAGUGUGAUUUCCUGGUGUACGGGGACUGCAUCCGGCGCAAUCAUCUGUGCACAAAUGAUCAGCAGCCUGGUUGCCAUCCACUACCCGAGCUUUACCGAAACGACCUGGCGCAUCUACCUGAUCUACCUUCUGACGGUCCUCCUCUCCGCAGUAAUUGUCUGCUUGCUGCCUCGCGCUAUCCCUCGGCUAGAAGAUUUCCUCUUUAUUUGCAGUUUGCUCGUCUUCCUCGCUAGUCUUAUAACGGUGCUGGCAAUGCAAGCCCACAAGCAAUCCGCGCAUACGGUCUUUCUUGUCUACGAAAACCAUACGGGCUGGAGCGACGGAACAGCUUUCAUGAUAGGCACCGGGACUUGCAUGUACUCCUACGUAGCGAUGGAUAGUGUCACCCAUAUCGCCGAUGAAGUCCCGGACCCCGGCCGCAAUGUUCCUCGAGCCAUGAUGACCACCAUACUCACAGGCAUCAUUACUACCGUCCCGUGGGCGAUAGCCCUUCUGUUCUGUACAACGGACCUCGGUGCCGUCUCUUCCUCUCCCAUCCCAAUAUAUACAGCAUACCUACAAGCCACCUCCAGUCAGUCCGUGGCCACCUUCUUCACUUCUUGGAUCAUCUUUCUCUACGGCGCUGCCCUCUUAUCGGGCCUUCUUACAACCGGACGACUUGCAUACUCAUUUGCCCGAUCUGGCGGCCUUCCCUUCUCUCCUUUUUUUGCCAGGGUCACUAACGAAGUGCCGUUGAAUGCCACGGUGGCUGCGGCUUUGUUCAUCAUCUUGUACGGGCUAAUAUAUAUUGUCUCGACGACAGCUUUCAACAGUCUCAUCUCACUGGCCAUUAUCAUUCUCAACGUGUGUUACGUUAUUCCGCAAGGAAUUGUGCUGCUUCGUGGACGCGACUUGGCUCUUCCCAGAAGGUCCUUCGCGAUGGGGAAGCGGCUGGGAACAAUCUGCAACGCGGUGUCGGUACUCUGGGUGACAGUUAUCCUGAUUUUCUUUUGCUUCCCUCUCCGUGUACCGACCACUGUGCAUGAAAUGAAUUAUGUCAGUGCGGUCAUCACAGGGUUUGUUGUUCUGAUUGCAGUUGGGUGGUGGGGAGGAAAGAGGACGACAUUCUCCGGUCCGGUAUAUGUUUCUCUCUCUCCCGGCCUUCGGAGGAUGCCUAGGUUCACUGAUGGCCUCUCUUGA